AUGUCUCCUCUUUUUUUUAUUUUUUCCUUUUUCUUGUCCCUUUCAUUGGACAAACAAAUUGUCCUCGGGGCGAAGCGAAUGCAACGACCCCUGAAUGUGUACUAUAGGGACUAUUCCGCAAAUUUGUCCAAUGAGCAGCGGGACAAAUUAAUGAAAAUAAAGCUUCAUGAUGAGGGGGAUGAAAGACCACAGGACGACCUAGGGGGCGCUACUGAUAUAAACAAAAUGCAUGCGCAGGAGAGGGAACUGCGGGCACUGCUCAAGGGGCAAAGGGAAGACUUGCGCGGACGCACCAGGAAAAGUUAUACUAAAAGUGGGCACGCAGGAACCUCCACAACAAACCUGUGCAACACCCUACAUCACCAUUCACCCACCUUCAUAGACAAGCGAAUGUCCGUCAAAUACAACCAUGGGGAAAACGGCGCAGCGGAUGGUGACUCAACCGAAGAAAGCACGGACGGAGAUCAUUUUGACGUCGACACGGAAAUUGACGUCCCUAUCGAUUCGAUGCGCGAACCCGUAGUGCUCGUUAAAAUUCCAGCAGUUGACAUUUACGAGCAAAUGGAAAUGCUACACGACGUUGGGCAGUUGAUGGAUAUAAAUAAUGAAGAUGUGUUUUACUGA